AUGGUCCUAGAUACGCCCUUGUACAGCGGAUUUUACACUUCACAAAAGCUGGUGGACGAAUUCAACAUGUUAGAUGACAACUUGCCGAUCGCGCUCAAAGAGAAGGACUCCACCAACAGCGAUGACGAUAAUGAUUACGGCAAGACCAGUAGUGCGAGUCUGAUUGACGCCAACGGGACACAGCAUACGCAGCAGGUGGAAAACUCGCCGUUGUCGCCGGCUGUGACGGUCGAUCAGCUGAAUGUCGCAGUGGUUCGAAAUAUCGACGUUCUACAACACAUUUUUGGGACGCUUUCGGGCAAAGAUCGCCUGGCCAAGAUCCUGAAAUACGUUUUGGAUCUGCUCAAGCUGUUCGUGGGUCGCAGUCGCGCCAGCAUCACCAAAUGGGACCCGCAGGUUUUACAGUACUACUCUAAAGUGCUCGCGCAGUUCAACUUGCGUCUAAUCCUCAAACACCCCAUAACCAUCAUCAAGAUAAUCACGGUGGCGGGACUACGGAACUUCGAGGCUAAGGCCUCGCUUGUGGGCACCAGUCUGAGUCUUUUUCGUCAGAUCCUCAGGUUUGGGGGCACGCCGUUCAGAGUCGCCAAUCUGUGCCAUAAGAUUGGCACAACCAUGCAUCAGAUCUCGCGCUCCAAGCAGGUGAGUGUGGUGUCCCCGAAUUCGAGUACUCACGCUCUCUCGGUGGUCAACAAGUUGUGGUUCAAUGAGGCCACUCUUUCGGAAUUGAUCGACUUCUACUAUGGGGUUAUGGACGAGCUCAUGCUUUUGCACAAAUUCAAAUUGUGGAAUCAUGCCGGCAUGUACCAAUGGGUGGCCAAGCACGAGGCACUUUCGUGGUAUUACGACAUCAUGCUCGGGUUGAAGAAAAAUUGGGUCUCUCUACAAGAGCUUAAUCGCGCCCAACUUGAGCUUGAGAUACAAAUCCAGGUCAAGAAACGGGCUCUGGAGCUAUCCUCCAAACUACACGGCAAAGCUGCGUCACCUAUAAAACAGCAACUUUUAAUGGACCUGCAUGCUGGUAACAACGGCAAUUCGCAAGUUCUGCUGCGCAUCCAGGAAAUUGAACGGGAACGCAAAGUUGUCAUGUUGGAUCUUAUGAGACUAUCCUUCGAUUUUCUUGCUGAUACCACCGAUGUUUUCAACCUCAAAACUCCUCCAGGCACCUACGCCGUAUUAUCGCUAGCAUCAGGUCUUACCGGCUUUACUAAACUCUGGGGUAAUGCCAAGAAAGAACUCCAAACGUAA